AGGGUUUUGCGCAUUUAAAAGGGCGAAACGAAAGUAAAGAGAAGAUCCACUCACAGGUAGGUCAGGGGAGCAGAGAAGGCACCGCCGUAGAAGACAACAACAAUGGUGCAUGUCUCCUUCUACAGAAACUAUGGGAAGACGUUCAAGAAGCCGCGUCGUCCGUACGAGAAGGAGCGUUUGGACGCUGAGUUGAAGCUGGUUGGAGAGUAUGGGCUCCGCUGCAAGAGGGAGUUGUGGAGGGUUCAGUACGCCCUCAGUCGCAUCCGUAACAAUGCAAGGAACCUUCUCACUCUCGACGAGAAGAACCCUCGCAGGAUCUUCGAGGGUGAGGCUUUGCUCCGUAGGAUGUUCCGUUACGGUCUCCUCGAUGAGACUCAGAACAAGCUCGAUUAUGUCUUGGCACUCACUGUCGAGAACUUCCUCGAGCGUCGCCUUCAAACCCUCGUCUUUAAAUCUGGCAUGGCCAAGUCUAUUCACCAUGCUAGGGUUCUCAUCCGCCAGAGGCAUAUCAGGGUUGGUAGGCAAGUGGUGAACAUUCCAUCUUUCAUGGUGAGGGUUGACUCACAGAAGCAUAUUGACUUCUCAUUAACAAGUCCCCUUGGCGGUGGACGCCCUGGAAGGGUGAAGAGAAAGAACAUGAGGGCUGCUGCUAAGAAGGCUGCUGGUGGAGAUGGAGAUGAGGAAGAUGAGGAUUGAGCUAAUUAUGUCUUUCUCUAGUGCUGUUAGACAUCGUCUUCUUUUAUCUUGUGUCCUUAGUUUAUCGUUAUUAAUUCUUAUACUUUUUUUUAUCCUGGGUUCCUUGUUUGCCUGAGAUACUAUGCUGUUUUGAAUUUAGUUAUUUUAAAGUAUCAAGAUUUUCCCCUAAUAACUUUGGUCGUCAUUCAUUGGUUUAAUGGCAUCAACUUCUAAAGAGGCAUAUUUAUUCCAACAAGCACUUAUUAUU